GUACCGGAAGUGUGGGGCAUUCUGGGUAAUUUGCUGUUCACCUUCUGUGGGUGAGGCGGUUGUAGCGAAGUUUGUUGCUGUUCUGUUGGAGACGAUGGCCCUGGAGACGGUGCCGAAGGACCUGCGGCAUCUGCGAGCUUGUUUGCUGUGUUCGCUGGUCAAGACUAUAGACCAGUUUGAAUAUGACGGUUGUGACAAUUGUGAUGCAUACCUGCAGAUGAAGGGUAACCGAGAGAUGGUAUAUGACUGCACCAGCUCUUCCUUUGAUGGAAUUAUUGCGAUGAUGAGUCCAGAGGACAGCUGGGUCUCCAAGUGGCAGCGAGUCAGUAACUUUAAGCCCGGUGUGUAUGCGGUGUCAGUCACUGGUCGCCUGCCCCAAGGAAUAGUGCGGGAGCUGAAAAGUCGAGGAGUGGCCUACAAAUCCAGAGACACAGCUAUAAAGACCUAGCACGAUGCGUCUCUGCCAGCGUUUUUGCCGCCAUCUCCUGUUUCUGCUUAUUUAUUGUUGUGAAACCGAAUGGACAGAACUUCAAAUACUCCUUACUCUCCAAUUCCGAGACCCAGCAGACUGUUAAGAGAGCAGCACGGCAUAUCCCUGGGCCAUUUUACCUUCUUUGGACUACUGGUGGGGGUAGGAGUGGUUUGGGUUAGUGGAUUAAUAGAGUCUGAAUCAGGUGGGGAGUAGGAUGCUGGUUUUCCUUCCCACAGCCCUGAGCUGCCCCCUUGUCCGUGGGCAGGACUCAUGGUCAGUGUCAAACGCCAAUAAACAUGAAUCCGUCGACCCUGA